CUCAAAUUAUUCCUCAAUUUUUUUGAGCUUCAUCUCCUCCCCUAUUGCAUGGCUACUCGCCUGAGUACCUGUUCAUCUUCUUCAACUUCAUUCCCUCCCUCUUCAUUCAAAAACCAGACACCCCGCCUCAUAAAGUUCAUCACUUUGCUCAGAGAAUCCCAUUCCUCCAGAUGGGUUUCUCAGAUUCCCCUCAGAAUCCCUGCCAGAAAGCACUUUCAGCUCAAAUCCUCAAAUGGGCAUCCGCUCAAUGCUGUGUCUUUCAAUGACGCUGGAAAUACUCUGGGACAAGAAUAUACCGAGUCUCGUGGCAAAGCCUUUCCCAUCUCGGAUUCAGAAAAUGUAGCAUCUAAUUUAAGCAUAACUGUUGUUGGUGCUUCUGGAGACCUUGCAAAGAAGAAGAUAUUUCCAGCGCUUUUCGCUCUUUAUUAUGAAGAUUGUCUACCUGAGAAUUUCAUGGUGUUUGGUUAUGCUCGAACUCAAAUGACUGAUGAAGAGCUGAGGAACAUGAUUAGCGGAACCUUGACUUGCAGGAUAGAUCAGAGGGAAAAUUGUGAGGACAAAAUGGAUCAGUUCUUGAAAAGAUGCUUCUACCAUGCUGGUCAAUAUAAUUCCGAGGAAGAUUUUGCAGAAUUGAACAGCAAGAUGAUUGAGAAGGAGGCCGGAAGCAAGUCAAAUAGGUUGUUUUACUUAUCAAUACCUCCAAACAUAUUUGUGGAUGUGGUCAGAUGUGCUAGCGUUAAAGCUUCUUCCGCGAAUGGGUGGACGAGGGUAAUUGUUGAGAAGCCAUUCGGUCGUGAUUCCGAAUCAUCUGCGGAGCUAACCAAAUGUUUAAAGCAAUACCUUGCUGAAGAUCAAAUAUUUAGGAUUGACCAUUACUUGGGCAAGGAACUUGUCGAGAAUCUAUCCGUGCUUCGCUUCUCAAAUCUUGUUUUUGAGCCUGUCUGGUCUCGUAACUACAUUCGUAAUGUGCAACUGAUCUUUUCUGAAGAUUUUGGCACAGAGGGAAGAGGAGGAUAUUUUGACAAGUAUGGAAUCAUUCGGGACAUAAUGCAAAACCAUCUUCUGCAAAUAUUAGCACUGUUUGCUAUGGAAACACCAGUCAGCCUAGAUGCUGAAGACAUUAGGAACGAAAAGGUAAAGGUUCUACGGUCAAUGAGGCCACUGCUGCUUGAAGAUGUAGUCAUUGGUCAAUACAAGGGUCACAGCAAGGGCAGCAAAUUGUAUCCUGCUUAUAUAGACGACCCAACUGUGCCAAAAGACAGCCUCACCCCUACAUUUGCCGCAGCAGCUCUCUUUAUUGACAAUGCCAGAUGGGAUGGAGUUCCUUUCUUGAUGAAAGCAGGAAAGGCUCUCCAUACUAAGCGAGCAGAGAUCAGAGUCCAAUUCAGACAUGUUCCGGGAAACUUGUAUAAGAGGAACUUUGGAACCGAUUUAGAUAAGGCUACAAAUGAGCUUGUGCUUCGUGUCCAACCUGAUGAAGCCAUAUAUCUGAAGAUCAACAACAAAGUCCCUGGUCUUGGAAUGAGACUGGAUCGAAGUGACCUGAAUUUGCUUUACCGAUCAAGGUAUCCAAAAGAAAUACCCGAUGCAUAUGAGAGGCUACUCCUAGAUGCAAUUGAAGGGGAACGAAGGUUGUUCAUUAGAAGUGACGAGCUGGAUGCUGCUUGGUCACUAUUCACACCAUUGUUGAAGGAGCUUGAGCAAAAGAAGAUUGUUCCCGAGCUCUACCCCUACGGCAGUAGAGGACCUGUAGGACCGCAUUAUCUUGCUGCGAAGCACAAUGUCAGGUGGGGUGAUCUCAGUGAUGAUUGACACUUAGCAAAGUUACAUAAAUUUUGCUCUGCGGUUUUUGCAUGCUCAUGUCCGGUUCUUGUUCCCCAUUUUAGCCAUUGAUUCUCGUCAAUGCAGAUAUUGAAAUACUAAAAUGUUUCUGUUAUGUGGUGGUUAUUCUGGUGAAUCAUUGAAUCAUCACAGGACUUUGUGGAUUUUACUCAUGGUAGAACAAUUUUAACAACCCUCAAGUGUGAACAGUAAUGGUGAGAUUAUUGAAUGUGUAAUAUUGGACCGCAAUGGUGGAAAUCUUUCUAUGGACACCAAACAUGCUCUCUA